AUGACCACUAUGGGCAGCAGGCUUGGGCCUUUGCUUUGUGGUUGCCUGGUGGUGUUUUGCCUCGGGCAGUUGUUCCUUCCACAGCUGGCGGUUCGGAAGGAUCCCCGCCAGCUGAGCUUUGUGGAUGGCCUGAAGUCGGCUGGUCACAGAGCCCAGUGGACCAACCUCGUGGUGAGAGCCAAGAAGAACGCGAAGAAGAGAGCCCGCAAACGGCAAGAGAAGGCUUGCAAAGAAGAGGCGCGUAAACAAGUGACCAGACAAGGGCCCAAAGCCCCAAAGGCACACGUCGUGCUACUGCAAUUGAGGCAAGCGGAAUCGGCAAAGGUGUUGAUUGAUGUUUUGGACACCGUGUUCCAAGCGAAUCAGUUUAUACCAUUUUAUGCAUCUCGCGCAUACCAUGCAUUGUCAAGGCUGAACAGGAGGCACCUUUUGCACCAGAGCGAUUGGGAUAACUCGGUGCUCCAGAAGUUGCACAGCGAGGCCGUUGUUGAUGAGAUCAAGGUCAUUCACAAGACAAGGGGCUUGCAGGCGCAGCAUUUGGGCGACAAUCUUCGGGCAUGUGUUCAACUCAAGGAUGAUGCACCUUGUGUCCUGGAAGCGGUGCCAGCCAUCGCCAGCCAAAUCAUUCUUAAAGCUGGGGACAUGACACCUCAGCAGCUGAGCACAUCUUUGCUGGCGACUGCGAAGCUGAAAGAUGUCGCACCAGCAGUGCUGGAGGCGGUGCCAGCCAUUGCCGGCAAAGUUCGAGAGAAGGCAAAAGGGAUGCCCCCCCAACAGUUGAGCGCCUGCAUUUGGGCAUCCUCGCAGCUCAAGGAUGUGGCGCCGGCAGUGCUGGAGAUGGUGCCAACCCUGGUGGCAGAAUUCCCCAGGAUGGAUGAGGCAAAGCUUCAUCCCCAAAGGCUGUCCGACACCUUGAAAGCUUUGGAUCUCCUGCAGAAUGGUUUCUUGAGCUUCGCAGCUGCGCAAUUGAACACUUUGCUCCCCAAGAUGCGUACCAAGAGGCUGAACUCCCAGGUGCCUUCGGUGGUGUGGUCCUGUGCCAAAGCCGGGGUGUAUCCAGGUGAGUUGUUGGCUUCGCUGGCCCUACGCCUGGGGCCACCAGAAGUGGCAGCAUUGACAGGUUUCAGCCUUUGUGCCCUGUCUUGGUCAUAUGAAGUCCUUGAUGCUCAGCAGAACUGGAAAGACUUCCGGAAACUACUGAGGAGUGGGGGAGAGCGCCAGGCAAAGUGGCAGGCGCUGGUGGCGUGGAUUCACGCCCGAGGUGGCUAUGUUCACCCCGACCUUGAGCUGACUGAUGUGGACCAUGGUGGCAUCCAGAUGACAGGAGUUGUCGCCAGUGGCUCCAUCCUGCCAGACACCGUGGUGAUGGAGCUACCGCCCGAAACGCUGCUGAACCUGAAUCUUCUCGCCAAGAUUCCCGAGUACUCGGCGCUGGCUGCAGCCUUGCCAAACUGCAGCCUGACGUGCGGCCUCCGACGCUCUUUGCGUCAGCUGAAGGCGCUGAUGCUGCUCUCGGUGGAAAGAGCGAAAGGCCCGGCUUCGGACUUCUUCGCGUACUUCGAUCUUCUGCCUUCACGCGCAGAACUAGAAGAGAGCGACCUCUUCUUUGCAGGCGAGGCUAUCCUGGAUCACUUUGCAGCGCUGCCAGUGAUCCACUUCUGGCGGCGGAUACAAAAGGAUCAGUACCGGGAGUAUGAGAGUUGCUUCCACGUCCUGCAGGACAUGCUGGAGGACUCAGAUGUGAACUGGAGGGAUGUGGAGAGCUUGCUGCGCCUCCACGGCAGCCGCCACUUCAAUGCCAAGCCUGCCGACGUGGAGUUCCUGGCCCCGGCUGCAGAUAUGGUGAACACCGGCACCCCUGAGGAGCUGAACCUCAGCCCCUCACUGCUCAUGUCGAGCCCUGAGGCCCAGGAGGCGACUCUGAGGCUUACUGCCCUGCGGCAGAUAUCCCCCGGGGAAGAGCUGAUCACCAGCUAUUUCACCAACUUGGACAAUGAGGAGCUUCGCUGGGAGUGGGGAGAUUUUGUGGGUGCUGCUUCAGUAGACUCUACAGCAUACUUAGCACGGCCCUAG